ACCCUCAUGGAAGUAUGAAGGAGAUGGUGGGAGGCUGCUGUGUCUGUUCUGAUGAGCGGGGCUGGGCGGAGAACCCUCUGGUGUACUGCGACGGGCACGGCUGCAAUGUGGCGGUGCACCAAGCUUGCUAUGGGAUUGUCCAGGUCCCUACUGGACCUUGGUUCUGUCGGAAGUGUGAGUCUCAGGAGCGAGCCGCCCGGGUGAGAUGUGAGCUGUGUCCACACAAGGAUGGAGCCCUCAAACGGACUGACAACGGAGGCUGGGCUCAUGUGGUCUGCGCUCUGUACAUCCCCGAGGUGCAGUUUGCCAACGUGCUGACCAUGGAGCCCAUCGUGCUGCAGUACGUCCCCCACGACCGCUUCAACAAGACCUGCUACAUCUGUGAGGAGCAGGGCAGGGAGAGCAAAGCAGCCUCUGGAGCCUGCAUGGCCUGCAACAGGCACGGCUGCCGCCAAGCCUUCCACGUCACCUGUGCCCAGAUGGCUGGUCUGUUGUGUGAGGAAGAAGUCCUGGAAGUGGACAAUGUCAAAUACUGUGGCUACUGCAAGUACCACUUCAAUAAAAUGAAGACCUCAAGGCACUCUGGGGGCAGCUCCUUCAUUGCUGGCAGAAGGAGCAGGUCCACCUCCCCUGCUCAAGAGAAACAUGUGUCCCACCAUGACAGGCCAAAGAAGAGUCGAAAGGACAAAGAGAGACCUAAACAGAAGCACAAGAAACGCCCAGAGUCUCCCAGCAGCCUCCCCCCAGCCUCGGUGCCGGUUCCUGCCGACAAGGGCUCCAGCAGCCACCAUGAAGGCAGCAAAGAGCCCUCAGAGGUCAGCAGGUCGGAGGUGAAGGGCAGGAAGUCCUCCAGCCAUGGCAGCAGCCACAAGGGGAAGAAGACAGGGAGUGGGAAGAGCUCGGUGGGCUUCAGCUCAGCGUCCUCCAGUGGCACCUUCCAGCCUGCAGGUACCUCCUGCAGCACCUUGCAGUGCUCCCAGGACUUUGUGACGUUCCCCAAGCUGGAGCAGGAGGAGGAGAAGUACAGGAAGCCUGCCUCCUCCUCCUCCUCCUCCUCCUCCUCCCACUGCUCGCCGCUGUACGAGGGGCAGAAGGGGGACGUCUUCGAGCAGAAGGUGAUCUUCUCGGGCUUCGGCUCCAUCAUGCGCUUCUCCACCUCCGCCGUCGGCCAGCAGAGGGCGCGGGAGGCCUCCCCCGUGGACUACAAAGCCUCCGCCGGCGGCGGCGCCCCCGCGGUGGGCACCCCGGGCACCCCUGGCGCCGCCGGCAGCCACAAGCGGAUGCCCUCCCUCAGCGCGGAGGAGGGAGAGGUGCUGAAGGAGAAGAAGCACAAAGGCAGCAAGAAGAACAAGCACGGCCCUGGCAGGCCCAAAGGGGGCAAAGGCAAAGAGGGGCUGGGUGCCCAGCUGGCUGGGUCCACCUCCACUUCCUCCUCCCCCUUCUCCGGGGGGUCCCUGGUGAGCUCCAGCGUGGGCAGCUCCUCCAGGCCCUUCAGCCACGCUGGGACCCUGCCCAGCCUCAGCAUGGAGUCCCCACUGCUGGGCUCAGGCAUCUACACCAGUAACAAGGACCCCAUCUCCCACGGGGGGGGAGUGCUGCGAGCUGUGUGCAGCACCCCCCUGUCCUCCAGCCUGCUGGCACACCAGGGCACCUCCUCCCUGCCCCAGCUCAACAGGUCUCCCUUUGCCAGCACCAUCCCAGCCUCCUCCUCCUCCUCCUCGGUCUCCACCACGCAGGUGUUCUCCUUGGCAGGCUCCACCUUCAGCCUCCCUUCCUCACACAUCUUUGGAAGCCCUCUCACCUCUGGGCUCUCCAUCAACCCCCUCCUGAACCAGGCAGAGAGCAGCCGGGCAGAGCCUGACCUGGAGGACUGCGGGUUUGGCUGCCGAGGGACCUCCCCCCAGGAGAGCCUCUCGUCCAUGUCUCCCAUCAGCAGCCUGCCGACCCUCUUUGACCAGACAGUGUCUUGCAGCAGCAGUGGGCAGCUGGAGAAUGUCCCCCAGGCCACCCCCAACAUCGAGCAGCUCCUGGAGAAGCAGGGCAAUGGGGAGGCUGGGGUGAACAUUGUGGAGAUGCUCAAAGCCCUGCACUCGCUGCAGAAGGAGAACCAGAGGCUGCAGGAGCAGAUCAUGACCCUGACAGCCAAGAAGGAACGUUUGCAGCUCCUCAAUGUCCAGCUCUCUGUCCCCUUCCCCGUGGUGACCAGCAGCAAUGGGCCAGGCGGCCAGGCCCAGUACAUUCUGCCCCCCAAUGUCUGCACCAACGAUUCCCUGAGCAUCAGCAAGAGCCCCCCCUGCAAGAACAGCUUUGGGAUCGAGAACUCCCUCUCCACUUCCUCUGAGGACCCUCACUCAGGGUGCCCCAGCAGGAGCAGCUCUUCCCUGUCCUUCCACAGCACUCCUCCCCCCCUGCCCAUGCUGCAGCAGAGCCCUGCCUCGCUCCCCCUGCCCGGGGGGCCGCAGGUGAAUGGUCUGCCCAGGGCGGCCGGCGGCGGGCUGGGGGCGGGAGGAGGAGGAGGAGGAGGAGGAGGAGGCAGCACUGCCAGCCACGGCCUCUCCACGGUGCCCAUGGUGGACAGCCUGAUGGGGACGCUGGCAGGAGGCCAGCAGAUGCCCCUCAACGGGAUCCUGGGGAGCCUGAACGGAGCUCAGGCAGCCCAGCCUGCGAGCGCCCUCACCCAGGGGCCGCCGACCCUGCAGCUCUCCAGCAGCCUCAGCAGCGUUCCCAGCCUGAGUCCCCUGACCGAGCAGCAGCGGCAGGUCCUGCACCAGCACGAGCAGCAGCUGCAGCAGCUCCAGCAGCUCCUCACCUCCCAGCCCCUUAACCCGGAGCAGCAGGCCCUGGUGUUCCAGAUGAUGCAGCAGAUCCAGCAGAAGAGGGAGCUGCAGCGGCUGCAGAUGACCAACUCCUCCCAGCUGUCCAUGAGCAGCCUCCUAGCAGCCACCUCUGCCCCCCUGCACUCCAGCACCGCUGCCCUGAUGACCUCAGCCCCUCAGCCAGCCCCCAGCAGCAGCAGCAGCAGCAGCAGUUGCAGCAGCAGCAGCAGCGGCUCCUCUCUCCUGGCUUCCCUUUCCCCCCAACAGCUCAACCCUAGCAAUGCCCUCCUGGCUUCCCAGGCCACCCCACCUCUCAACGCUGCUGGGAGCAGCCUGCUGGCCUCGGGGUCAGGCCUCCCUCCCGUGCUGGCAGCACAGCCCAACCCCUUCCUCAACCUGCAGGCCGAUGGCAACACCCCGAAAGGAACGAGCUUGACUGAAAAGGGAGCUCCUCUGAGCCAGGACAAGGGCUAAGCUCCCCCCUCUGACCCUGACCAAACCAGCAGCCAACUCCUCUCAGCCAGGGGGAUUGUGGCUUUCCCACAGCCAACUUUGAUACUGGUAGAGCAAUGAGCACAAGGCUUCCAAGAAGCAUUUUCCCCUGCUGCUGGGCAAUGCCAAGAGGGUGCUUUGGAAGACACCACGGCCCUGACCAAGCCCCUGGCAUCAGGAGGAGCCAAGGUGGGGGGCUGCCUGCUGCCCUGCUCCGUGCCACAGUGAAUCUGAGUGGAAGAAGGAGCUCACCACCAGUCACCCGCUGGGAGUGCCAGCCCUGGGUGGGGGAAGUCGUGGGUGUGGAGACCCUCCCCAGCCCAUCAAGCAUCCUUGGCCAAGCCCUUGGUGGAGGGAGGCUCCUCUGCUGAGGUCUCCACUCUGCCCCAAGCAGAGGCAUCUGGAUGUGCCCCAGCUGGGGGAAGCUGGAGGCGGUGGCAGUGCCUUCGUGGUCUGCUUCGGCCAGGUGGAGAAGAAGUCCUCAGGCUGAGCUUUUCUCACCUGCUGGCCAUCUGCUGGGCUUUUAGGAUGCUCUUCUCUCUCUCCCUGAAGCCUCAGCUGGACCCAAAGCCCGGCCUGAAAAGACACCAAGUGGUGGAGCAAUGGAGGAGGACCUGGUGCCUGGGGAGGAGGUGAAAGCCAACCUGCCUCAGCAGGGGACGUGGCCACAUCUGCUCUGCCAGCUGCUGCCAGCUGCUGCCCGCUUGGGGAGGUCCUUCUCACCUGCCAAGCACACUCCUGCUCCUGCUGCUGCCUCCUGCUGCUGCCCUCCUGCCUUCCAGGAUUCCCAAAGGCUGAGAUUCCAGCUUGCCAAAAAAAAGGGGGCUUGGAGCCAGCAGUCCCCCACCCCCAGCUCUGGGGAGCCAACUUCCAGAAGGUGCCAGCUGAACCUGGAGGUUGCUUCCCAGCCCAGAGCUGGGGAGGUAG